AUCUCUGAAUUGCAGAUACCACAGGCUGCGAAUCAUAAGCAGGAGGGAUGUGAUAAACAGUCGUCGACGUUCUACACAACCAAACAACAUUUCGUAGUCCUGAUUCUAAUUUCGCAGUGAUUUGUGUAAAUGUGGAUUUAAACAUAAUAAACGAAAGAAUUUUAAUAAGACAAGAGAACCUUAGUGGACAGUAAAGCAACCUGAAACACAUGUUUUUAAUUCAUUUGAAAUCUGGUACUGUGGAUCAGAAAUGGACAUCAGGCGAUCGUUAAUUAUUAUAAAUAAUCAUUUAUUAACAAGAACCUUUUACGAUGCUAACAAACGAAUUAAGACACUUAUUUCGCAAAGGACCCACUUGAAAAUACAAAAAGUGCAACUACGAUCUAUUAAAGAAUAUCCUCAGUAAUAAAACAUUUCACUUGGACCCUUCUUAGAGAAUCUACAAACAUUUAGUUAAAACUGUACAAAAUGUGAAAAGUACUCAUCGCUUAUGCUACGUGCCAGCAGCUCAAGAUAAAAGAUUUUACUUCACUGUGAUCUUUCAUAAUUAAAAGAGAUCGAAGGGGAAACAGUCAGGCGUAUAACCAUGAUAAAAUAAAACACGGCGGUCGCUGAACUUAUUCAUCAUGUUGAACGUAAUGGCAGCGGUGACCACUAGCUUGCCUAGCCGCGUGGAUCCAACGCCAACUCCGACUGGUAACGCGAGCACCACGUCGAGCACCGCGGGGAACAACGUCACCUCGGUACCCGUGGAGAAUCCAACAGUGGAGAAUCUGCCGGAGAACGUGAACGUAUUCGUGGUGGUGAUCAAGGGCAUCAUUAUGGGCAGCAUAAUCACCACCGCCGUCCUCGGUAACGCAUUGGUGAUUGCCAGCGUCCGGAGGCACAGGAGACUCCGCGUGGUGACGAACUGUUACGUGGUCAGUUUGGCAGCAGCCGACCUCCUAGUGGCGAUGUGUGCGAUGACGUUCAACGCGUCCGUCGAACUAUCCGGGAAGUGGUUGUUUGGAAGAUUCAUGUGCGACGUGUUCAACUCGCUGGACGUUUACUUCUCCACCGCUUCGAUACUCCACUUGUGCUGCAUCAGCGUGGACAGGUACUAUGCGAUCGUCAGUCCGCUGGAAUACACCGUGAUCAUGAGACAGGAGACUGUCGGCUGUAUGCUAGGCAGUGCCUGGCUACUGCCGGCGCUGAUCAGUUUUAUACCGAUCUUCAUGGGCUGGUACACUACGCAGGAGCACCUGGAUUACAUGGUGAAGAAUCCGGAGGUCUGCAGCUUUGUAGUGAACCAGCCGUACGCGUUGAUCAGUUCCUGUGUCUCGUUUUGGAUACCGGGCCUGGUGAUGAUAGUGAUGUACUGUAAGAUCUACAAGGAGGCGGUCAGGCAGAGGAAGGCGCUCAGCAGGACGUCUAGUAACAUCGUGCUGAACAGCGUUCACCACCACAGGUCCUCGACCAGGCAACAUCAUCAUCAGCAGAUGUUGCUACAAGCAGCGGCCGAAAACGGAUCUCGUUUGCCAAGUAUCGAUCACGCGCGUUUAAUUAACAGCGUUUCGCGGAACGCCCAUAGCUAAAAUUUUAUUCCUCCGUGAUUAAUUUUUGGUGGCAAUAAUUAACGCGCACGGUCUCGAUGAUCGGCCGGGAAUAUUCGUGGAGGGCCGGAUUGUUGGAUAAAAACUGUGACAAUGUUAAUUAAAAUUGAUUACAAGGUCUCGCGGGAUGAAAAGAGGGGCUCGUGGAAUUUUUCGCUCAGCCUCGUCAGAAGGGUUUCUAUUAAAGGGUUAAUUAAAGACGUGGCUCGCCGUAUGAUACCACGAGCUACGGAAGGUUUCUUCGAAAAUAUUCGCCCUUGAUAAAUUUCCACGUUAUUAAAUACCGUUAAAUUGGAUUAUACAUAUAAUCACGAGGUUCAAACUGUUAGUAAAAAUUAAUAGACAUUUUUCAUGAAGAACGAAACUGAUUUCAUAUUAUUUAAAAUUCAGAGAAAAAUUUCUUUCAAGUAACAUACGUUUUGUUGCACACAUGCAACUCGUGGAAUUUUACAUAUUAUAAUAUUAAGCAUCUGUGAUUUUUUAUAAAAUCAUUUCUCAAAUGUAGAAAUUGCCAAUGAAAGUAAAACAGAUAAACCAAAACUAUGAAUCAGUUUUAUAAAGAAAAGGAGAAGGGAAUAACGUUUUGAACUUUUAUUACUAUCUUCGUACGUUUUGGCUGGAAUCGAUUCGCCGGCAAAUUAACUGACCCGCUGUUUGAGAAGUUUUCAUGAAAUUCGUAACACGAGGGUAAUUAUUUUCGGUCUCGCCCGAAUAAAUACAGGCCAGUGACUCAAUUCCGCGCGUGUUUGACUGCGAAAAACGUUUCGUUACAAACAUUCGGAUUAUAAUUCUGUACCGCGUAAUUAUUUCCUUUUAAACUUUGAAUAAAAUACAAUAUAAACCCCUUCAGAUUUUACGAAAUCUUCGUUUAUCGCAAAUAACUGCUUACUUGUCGUUGCUAGCGAAAAAGGUUUCAAACAAAGGUUAUAGCUCUAGUUGCUAGAUACAAGGAAGGACCUAUGUAAUUUUCUUUUAACUUCAUCGAAAAGAGCGAUCAUUGACUAUGUUUUGAACCUCACUGGGUCCUAUUCGCUGGUCCAACGAUUGCGCGAGCACUGCUGGUCUUUAGUAUUGUAGUAUCUCCUCGGUUGUAUAACAAACGAGGCAAAGGAUUUGAAAAUCUUGUAGACAGACGAGAGCAACUAGCAAAUCUAAAAGGACGUCUAAACCCGCUUUUCACGUAUUUAAGACACAAUUCCGGAAGAUUAAGGCUUCGCUUCGCGGGACCUUGUUUUUCAUCUUACUUUGGAACAUGGAUGCGAUGCGACGUCACGUGAAAUAUCGGGUAGGCGCUCGCAAAGGCUAGGCAGUCGGAAACUGUAUUUUCCUGGGUGUUCUCAGCCACGAGACGUUGCUCCGCGAAGGGUAUUACGGUUUAACGAGCUAAGAAGAUUUCCCAGACCCGAGUGUGCAGCGUUUUCUUUCGCGUUCAUUUAGCAACGAUCGCAAAUACUGCCAGUCCCUUUUAGAUCUAAAUAUAACAGCGAUUAGUGCUUGGAUAUUAAA